AUGAUAACCGAUAUCCACAGUUGUGGUUCAAUGGUCCUCUCGCUUGCGAGCUGCCUCGGUUCGAUUCCAGGCCGACGCAAUAGCCUUUUCGGUCGAACUACUUCAAUUUGGUUUUUCGGAUUUUGGAAUCAGAAGACCAUGUCAAUCCGUUACCCAGUUUCAUGUGGCCUGGCUUUUAUGGCUGCAGGAAAUUUAAUUUAUUUCACACUUCCCGCAUUCACUGAAAAUCAUUCAUGGUUUAUGCUUUUGGCGCGGUUUGUAGCUGGAAUUGGAUCAGGAAAUCUGGUUGUGCUAAGAGCAUAUUGUGCAAUGGCAAGUUUGCAAAGAGAUCGAACAAGAGCGAUGUCAUUAGCUACAAUAUUCACUCCUAUUGGCAAGAAAGGGUUUGCAUUCGGUGUAUUUGUUUUGAAUAUGUAUACGGCUCCAGCGCUUUUGAUGGUUUUCGUCGCAUUUGCAUGUAUUUUAAUGCUUUUUACUGUUUUCGUUGAAGACUAUGCAGGAAUUAUCUCUAAACCUGACAAAAGAGAUAGUUCCAAUGUCAUUCCGAAGUUCGAUAAAGUGGCAGUUGGAAUUUGUUUAUAUUUAUGGUUUACACUACAAAGUAUAAGUACAAAUAUUAUAUUUAUCGCAACACCUUUUACAACGAGUUUAUACAGAUGGACCGAUGAAGAAGCCGUAUUUUAUAAUGGAAUACUCCUUUUUAUUGGCAGUGCGUUCAGUAUUUUAAAUUAUUUGAUAGUUGCUUAUUCGUCUAUCGGUCGAAUUGACAAAAGGAAAUUGUUGGUAUUCAGCUUGUUAUUGCUUCUCUUGUACCAUUUGCUUGUUUUUCCAUGGCCAUUUUAUGAAGGUCCGCUCCAUAGCGCUUUUGUGGAGGAUACUUCCAUAAAUGGUGGUUGUUACCGAAAAUACGAUUGGUGCAGUCAUACAACAAGAGUGCCUUUAAUGAUUUAUCUGUUUUGUUUCGUAAUAGUUUUUGGCUUCGCUUCCCCAUAUCUUUCCGCUACCUUGGGAACUAUAUUUUCCGAGAUAUUAGGUCCAAGGAAACAGGGAAUGAUGCAAGGAGUUUUUGCCUUCGCUGGUUGUUUUGCUUGUUCUACUGCGCCGAUUUUUUUAACGGCAUUAUUCGAAUCGUCUGGCUAUUUGUGGCCCACUUUGUUGCAUAUAAUUAUGGUACUAACAGGAUUACUUCUAUUACUCAGCUUUUACAAUAGAAUCGUCCCGUUAAAAGUGAUACCUGACAUUGGAGUGCCAACACCAUAUAAAUUUGGAGUAUUCUAUCGCUUAUAA